AUGUGGAGAAAAUCUGCAAGUCAUAAAAAAACACAAGAGAAUGUACAAGCUCUUAUUGAAGAGGGUGAAGAAGAAGAACUUUUUGUUGUUUCUUGCUUUGCUACUGCAAGAUCAACAGAAAAUUGGCUAAUUGAUAGUGGUUGCACGAACCACAUGAGUUAUGAUCAAGAAUUAUUCAAAGAUCUUGAUGCGACCUACAACACAAAUGUCCGAAUUGGAAACAAAGCAAAAAUAGCAGUGAAGGGCAAAGGAACCAUUGCGAUCAAAGGUUGCACAAUACAGCAACGUGGUGGAACUGUGGUACCAUCAAAACCAUAUCAGGAUGUUGUUCUAUCUUCUGACGGACAGUUUGCGCUUUCCGACUCCUGGGACGGCGAGCUCCGCCUCUGGGACCUUGCAGCCGGCACCUCCGCGCGCCGUUUUGUUGGACACACCAAGGACGUCCUCUCUGUGGCGUUCUCCAUUGACAACCGUCAGAUCGUGUCGGCCUCGCAUGACCGCACAAUCAAACUGUGGAAUACCCUUGGUGAAUGCAAGUACACUAUUCAAGACAAUAAUGCUCAUUCUGAUUGGGUUAGAUGUGUGCGUUUCAGCCCUAGCACUCUUCAGCUGACUAUUGUGUCUGCAUCUUGGGACCGCACUGUUAAGGUGUGGAACCUCACGAACUGCAAGCUGAGAAAUACCCUUGCUGGACACAGUGGGUAUGUGAACACUGUUGUUGUUUCUCCCGAUGGUUCUUUGUGUGCUAGUGGUGGAAAAGAUGGAGUUAUUUUGCUGUGGGAUUUGGCUGAGGGUAAGCGUCUCUACUCUCUCGAUGCUGUGGGAUUUCGCUGCCGUUUCUGCUGGGGCUGCUCCGAGGAGCGGCGGGAGGCGGAGAAAGGGGGGUGGGAUGGUAUUGGGGGAAGAAUUUGA